UGCUUAUCCCGGGGAGAAAAAUAAUUAAGGUGAAGUGUGGGUCGACAAAUAAUUAAGGGGAUUCUCAAAGUAUAUAUAUAAACAAUUAAUUAGCAUCAUCAAAGACUCAAAGUAGACGGGGAUAGAGCUGCAACAAGGCUGAGAUACUAAUUACCUAUUUCUGCCAUUUUAGAAGCUGCAGCAUCAAUCAAUCAGGAAAAGUAUAUAUUCACCUCCCGGAAAUUAAUUAGUAUGGCAUCUCUCUAUGACGUUGGCAGUCUUCCGGCGAAGGACCAGCCGGAGAUCGUCCGUCCUUUGGCUAACUAUCCACCCAGUUUAUGGGGUGAUCGCUUCUCCUUAUUCACAUUGGAUAGCCAGCUUUUGGAGAGUUACAGCAAAGAGGUUGAAAAGCUGAGACAAGUAGUGAAGGAUGAGGUGGUGAAGGUUGGAGGUGAGCCAACUAAGAAGAUGGCAUUGAUCAAUACACUGGAACGCCUUGGUGUGUCCUAUCUCUUUGAGAAAGAGAUUGACGAGCAAUUAGAGUGCAUGUUUGAUGGCUUUGAGGAUAGAAACUAUGAUCUAUUCACCGUUGCGCUCCACUUUCGGAUUUUCAGACAACACGGCUAUAAAAUGUCUUGCGACAUUUUCAACAAAUUCAUGGAUGAAAAUAGUCAUCACCUGAAGGAAACCCUAGUGAGCAGUGAUGCUAUGGGUAUGUUAAGCUUGUAUGAAGCUGCAUAUUUGAGGAUUCAUGGAGAAGAUAUUCUGGAUGAGGCUCUUGCUUUCACAAAAGCUAGCCUCCAGUCUAUGGCACCCCAUUUAAACCAUCCUUUUCUUGCUGAACAAGUGCUUCAUGCCUUAGAACUGUCCCUCCAUAAGGGCUUCCCAAGAGUAGAGGCAGCGCAUUACAUCUCUAUCUAUGAGAAAGAUGAUCACAGGGAUGAGCAACUUCUGAGACUCGCAAAGUUAGAUUUCAAAAGGAUGCAAUUGUUGCACCAGGAUGAAUUGUGCCAUCUCUCAAGGUGGUGGAAAGAGCUGGCCCCAAAUUUUCCUUACACCAAAGACAGACUUGUGGAGUGCUACCUCUGGGCUGUGGGCACAUACUUUGAACCCCAUUACUCAGCUGCUCGCCUAAUUCAUACUAAAAUCACUGUUCUGGUGUCGAUUUUGGAUGAUACAUUUGAUGCAUACGGCACACUAGAUGAACUAACUUUGUUUACAGAUGUUGUGCAGAGGUGGGAUAGGAGUGACAUUAAUCUGCUCCCAGAUUACAUGAAAGUGCUCUUCAGGACUUUGUUGGAUCUUUUCGAAGAACUCGAAGAAAAAUUGGCAAGCCAAGGAAGAUCUUAUGCUGUUCAUCAUACAAGGGAGGCAAUAAAAGAACAAGUGAGGGCUUACUACACAGAAGCCAGGUGGUUCCUCAAAGGAGAUUUCCCUGCAUUUGAUGACUAUUUGCUUAACGGCCAAGUCACAAGCACGUGUUUUGUGCUCACCCUGGCAUCCUAUUUGGGUAUGGCCGAUAACUACUUCCCUAGCAUCAAGGCUCUCAAUUGGCUACAAAAGAAACCAAAAAUUGUCAUUGCCGCCUGCACAAUUGCCCGCCUCAUCGAUGAUACAAAGACUUACGAGGUGGAGAAAAAGAGGGGACAGACUGUUACAGGGAUCGAUUGUUUCAUGAAGCAAAAAGGGGCUUCCAAAGAGAAGGCAAUGGAUGAGUUAACCAAAAGGGUUGAGAAUUCUUGGAAGGAUAUAAAUGAGGAGUGUCUCAGGCCAGCUUCUGUAUCGAUGAAUUUGCUCAUACGAUUCGUCAACUUUGCGCGUAUGAUGGAAGUUACUUACAGGAAAGGAGAUGGAUACACUCAUCCUGAAAAGACACUAAAAGAUAUCAUCUUUGCUCUAUUCAUCAACCCUAUCUCUGUAUGAGCGUGGCUCUAGUUAGUUAUCUUGUCAAUUGGUAUCGAUAUCUGGACAUGUUAACUACAUGUAGCUUGUAAAACAUGUCUCUUAGUUUUCUGAAAUUUUUCUUCAUCGGCUAGCUUGCUGUAUAA